AUUUUUUUGGUGGUCCUGCGAGUUGCACAGGAAGUGCAAACUUUUGUUCGCGGUAGGAAUGUUACGGCAUGCAUGUUGUUGCUCUUCAGUCGUCAUAUUUUGUCACUCCCAUGUUUACUUCAGGCAAGUUAGGUCAGGUACCCCUGCCAGUAUGAUGCAGCACCUUUCUGAUUCUGAUCUAAAUGAUUCUCGCCUGCUUCAUUUGGGUCUCAGUCAGUAGAACCCAGAGACAAACAACCGGCGGUCUCGUACUCGUCAGUAGUGGUCACUCACCAAGCCAGCAACUCCGUCCCUAGGUGUCAACCUACACUGUUUCCUGCCCAAAAUCUCUUGGACGGCUGGUUCUGAUAGAACUAGACAAACGUCAAUUCAGACUUAUGUUCGGUGAUGCUUGGUUCCCCGACAAGGUGGAAAUCAAAUCACCCGAGCGAGACAUCUACACCUUUCCUAUCUACUGCUGGAUCAGUGACCGGGAGACACAUUGUUUCAGAGAAGGCAAAGCACUGCGGAUGUUUGACGAGAGCAACUCUCUUGGUCGAAACGCAAGGAAGCAGGAGCUGAGUCAGCGAAGCGUCGACUACGCCUGGGAAUUGUUUUCCGUAGGUUUGCCUUACAUCAUUAAGGCAGAUGGUCCUACUAGCCUUCCAGAUGAGGUCCAGUUCUCCUUUACCAAGCGUACAGAGUUUGUAUUCACAGCAAUGACAGGGUUGGCUGAGCUUCGCCUAAAAGGGCUUGUUGACAACCAGGAAAAUUGGCAAAAUCUCGACGAUAUCAACGACGUGUUUCAUUACAAAGAGACACCCUUAUCAAGUACUGAAGAGUUUUCUACCCUUGCACAUUUAGGAGUACCUCAUGAAAUAAUUGGAAGAAGACAUUCUAGCGCAUUCUUAUGUUGUGACAGAAUAUUUUGCUUAGAUUAUGUUCAGGAACACUGGAAGGAAGAUUGGUUAUUUGCGUACCAGUUUCUAAACGGAGUCAAUCCCAAUAUGAUUCGACGCUGCAAAACUCUGCCCAACAAUUUCCCUGUGACCGAAGACAUGGUCUCUAUCCCCAAUGGCUCAAACUUGUCAAAUGAGUUGAAGCAAGGCAACAUAUACCUGUGCGACUUCAAGAAUCUGAAUGGAAUGCCAGCAAAUACAGUCCAAGGGAAGCAGCAGUAUUUGACCGCUCCUCUUGUCCUGCUUCACAAAAGACCAAACGACAAGCUAAUGCCUAUUGCCAUUCAGCUGAAGCAGACUCCGGCGGAGGACAACCCCAUCUUUCUCCCAACUGACUCUGAUAAUGACUGGCUGACGGCUAAGAUCUUUGUGAAAGGUGCCAAUUUCACGGAGCACCAGCUCAACGUUCAUUUGCUGCGCACUCACCUGUUGGCGGAGGUGUUUGCUGUGUCACUGCUGCGCAACCUGCCCAUGGUGCAUCCCCUCUACAAGCUUCUCAUACCUCACACACGCUACACUCUGCAUAUCAACGAAUUAAGUCGGGCUCGACUCACAGGACCCACUGGAGUCUUCACAAAGUUUGGAGCUUCCGGUGGAGAAACUUUGACAAAGUUCUUGGCAAGAUCACAAUCCUUGAUCACCUACAGGUCCCUUUGCAUCCCUGACGACAUUGCUGACCGUGACUUGCAGGACCUGCCUAACUUCUACUACAGAGAUGAUGGACUCCAACUUUGGACCAUCAUCUUCAAAUUUGUGCAAGGAGUGAUACAGCACUACUACAAAAGUGACGACGAGGUCCAGCGGGACUCCGAACUGCAGACAUGGAUCCGGGACAUUUUUGAACACGGAUUCCUUUCCCAGUCACAAUCAGGCAUACCUCCGAGUUUUAUGACUGUGCCUGAACUCACCAAAUUCACCACCAUGGUGAUGUUCACUUGCUCGUGCCAGCACGCAGCUGUGAACAGUGGGCAGUACGACUACGGUGGCUGGAUGCCCAACACCCCCACCACCCUGCAGCGUGCUCCCCCGACCAAAAAAGGGACAACUAGCAAGAGCACGAUCCUUGAGACCUUGCCCCCUAUCAACGUGACUGCUCAGGGAAUGGCCAGCGCCUGGCUGCUCAGCCAACCGUCUUCUGAUUUUGUUCCCCUCGGACACUACCCAGAGGAGCAUUUUACCGAGGAGAUCCCUCGCCAGCUGCAAAAGGAUUUUAAAGCUGAGCUUGAUGAGUUGUCCAUCAAAAUCAACAACCGAAACGAGGGUCUGGAAAUCAGGUACACUUACCUGGAUCCAAAGAACAUUGAAAACAGCAUAGCCAUCUAAACGUCGGAAAGUCACAAUCAAAAGGGAGGUGUGUGUGAAAAUUCAAACAACAAAUAUUGUCUAAAUGCAAGUUUAAACACCUCCAGUGUAAGUAAAUCAGGUUAUUUUAUAAAACUAAUUACCGCAAAAACGACUUGGAGUUAAGUCAAAGCGUCACAAUUAUAUUAUGUAGUGUGUGUGACGGAUGAAACGUUGCUGUUGGGUUACUUUCAUAGAAUUCCCAAAUCCCAUAUUCGGACAAUAUGAUAUGAUUUUAUAAAUUAUUGAAGUGAAAACCUCUGAAGCUGACAACAAUGUCUUUGUGCCAUUCCGUCAGGCUGGUUGACCUCCAUGUUUAUCUAAAGAAAUUUUACUUGGAGACAUAUUAUAAAGAGAGGUAAUCAUUACCGGACAAUGCCAUAUCCUGGUUACCUUAUAAAACAUAACAGGAUUCUCAGGAACUUGGUGAAGAAAACACCUUAAUAAUUAUAUUGACAAGUUCUUGCUUUUACUUGUGUCAUUGUAUAUUUAAUCAGUUCCAGUAAGAGUGAGCCCAAAUAUUUCUCUAGAUUUGUGAAAGAUUUGUGAAAGACUUGAGAAAGAUUCAAGAAAACACUUGCUAGUUGAAUAAUUAUGACUUAAAUAUCUCCUACUUCUCCAAAAUGACAUCUAUAAUAAAAAAAGAUUAGGUGUUGGAGUUAGAGGCCUCCGUUUGCCAUCUACAACAGCAGUUAGAACAGGGAAAGUUUGUUAUACUUUUUUGGGGGGGGGGGAUGGGGGGGCAUUUUAACUUACGCCUUUACAUUUUUUAGCUGUAGUAAGUAGUUCUCUACCAUAUCCAGCUACGACUGCAUCCAGAAUAAUAAAAACAAUGAAUUUUGAUUCUUGGUGAUUUGCAAGUGCUUGGCUAUGAGUUAAUAUUUUCAUCUGGUUGAUCUGCUGCUGGAAAUUUUGGCAUGAGAUUGCAAGUUACAAAUUGACAGCUUGGUUAGUGUUUUCACAUGUCAUGCCAGGAAACCUCGAUCAUAAUGUUUCACCAAAUGCAGGUUGGUGUAUCCUUAGCAUAUGUGUGUGAGGUGAUACAACUUUACUUUACAAACAGUAAGAAAUAGUAUCUUUCAACCUACUUAUGGAAGAAAAAUAAACAAUGGAAAGUUGCCUUGGA